UGUGGGUGGGCCCCCAUUGAGAAACUGGAACUCGGUUCCAAGGGGCUGUUGCUGGCGGGACUGGGGCCUCUGAUAUUCCAGUAGAGUGCUUUCUGGAGUGGCCCUGGGAAGGAGUUUGACAGAGAUUGGAAAUUAUGUCCCUGGCACAGUUUUAGAAGAAGCGGGGGAGGUCAGGGUGAAGGGAAAAGAGCAAAGAAUGCAUUUGGAAAGUGCCAGCACCCAAGUCUGGAAUAGAUUAAGUUAGGUCGGGAAUAGACCUGGCCGAUUAGAAAGAGCGCUGAAUACCCUAAGAAGCUUUGGGAGAUGUAGGACGAUUAUUGUGUAGCACUAACAAGAGGACAGUAGGAUGUUCUUUUUCAUCUUUCUUAGAAGACAUUUCUUCAUCCACAGUCAUUGGUUGCUUUUUAGUUGUGAAAAUAGAUGUGAUUCUUCCUUUACUCUGAGCCAUAUGUGUGCAUACAUAUUGGUAAGAUGGUACGGUUUUGGGGUGAAAUAUUGAGUGAAGUGUUAUGAAGUGUUUAAAGAAGGAGUUUUGAAAGUAUUGUAAAACAAUUAGAUCAGGAGUCUGGGGAAUUAACCCAUUUGGGUGUAUAAUAGGUUAGAGUGUGUCAUAAUGCUUAAAUAUUCUGCAGGUUAACAAAUCAGCCUCCUGGGCCAUGCCAUUACUGAAGGCUGUUUCUUCUCAUGAGCCCCAGAAGAAGACAGAAUGGCCAGCCCUCAAAGUGGAUGACUUCCCCUCCCUGAGCAAGAGAUGGGCUAGUACCCAGGAUCUGCCCAUCACCAGACACUGGGUUUAAUGAGCCAACUGAAUGAAGGGAUGUAACACACCCCUAGGAGGGACACUGAAACUGCAGUGGGGGGGGAGGGGACUGGACAUCCCCCUUCCCCCCAGACUCCUCCCCCUCAGAGUCCACUCAAACAUGGACUUUGGACCUGGAUGAAAGGAAAGAAGCUGUACUCGGUGUACCUGGGAUUCUCAGUUUUGGAAAUAGAGUGCUGGAUGGGGGUUUGAUAACCGCCAGGGGAGCAACUGAGAGAAAAGAAAAAAGGUACAUGGCUGCUUUCUAAUCCCACAGUCUAGAGGAAACUUCCUGAGAACUGUGGGACAGCCUCAGUCCCACCCUUGCUGCCUCCCCUGCGGGGGCCAGGAUGCUGAAGAAGCAGUCUGCAGGGCUUGUUCUGUGGGGCGCCAUCCUCUUUGUGGCCUGGAACGCACUGCUGCUCCUCUUCUUCUGGACGCGCCCGGCACCAAGCAGGCUGCCCCCCGACAGCGCUCUGGAUGACGACCCAGCCGGCCUUACCCGGGAGGUGAUCCGCCUGGCCCAGGACGCGGAGGUGGAAUUGGAGCGGCAGCGGGGGCUGUUGCAGCAAAUCAGGGACCACCAUGUGCGGUGGAACCAGCGGUGGAGGAUGCCCUCUGUGGCUCCACCUGUCCCUGUGACCUCGCCACCAGCUGUGAUCCCCAUCCUCGUCAUCGCCUGUGACCGCAGCACUGUCCGGCGCUGCCUGGACAAGCUGCUUCAUUACCGGCCCUCCGCGGAACGUUUCCCCAUCAUCGUCAGCCAGGACUGUGGGCAUGAGGAGACUGCUCAGGUCAUAGCCUCCUAUGGCAGCGCCGUGACACACAUCCGGCAGCCAGACCUGAGCACCAUCCCAGUGCCACCCGACCACCGCAAGUUCCAGGGCUACUACAAGAUCGCGAGGCAUUACCGCUGGGCGCUGGGCCAGGUCUUCCACAGCUUCAAAUUCCCCGCAGCUGUGGUGGUAGAGGACGACCUGGAGGUGGCGCCAGACUUCUUUGAGUACUUCCAGGCCACCUACCCGCUGCUGAAGGCCGACCCCUCCCUGUGGUGCGUGUCUGCCUGGAAUGAUAACGGCAAGGAGCAGAUGGUGGACUCGAGCAAGCCUGAGCUGCUCUACCGCACGGACUUCUUCCCAGGCCUGGGGUGGCUGCUGUUGGCAGAGCUCUGGGCAGAGCUAGAGCCCAAGUGGCCUAAGGCCUUCUGGGAUGACUGGAUGCGAAGGCCAGAGCAGCGGCAAGGCCGGGCCUGUGUGAGGCCUGAGAUCUCUAGAACAAUGACCUUUGGCCGCAGAGGUGUGAGCCAUGGCCAGUUCUUUGACCAGCACCUCAAGUUCAUCAAACUGAACCAGCACUUCGUACCCUUCACCCAGCUGGACCUGUCAUACCUGCGCCGAGAGGCCUAUGACCGCGAUUUUCUGGCCCGUGUCUAUGGCGCCCCCCUGCUGCAAGUGGAGAAAGUGAGGACCAGUGAGCGGCAGGAGCUGGGGGAGGUGCGGGUGCAGUACACCGGCAGGGACAGCUUCAAGGCCUUCGCCAAGGCACUAGGAGUCAUGGAUGACCUCAAGUCCGGGGUCCCCAGAGCUGGCUACCGGGGCAUCGUCAGCUUCCUGUUUCGGGGACGCCGGGUCCACUUGGCCCCCCCGCAGACCUGGGUGGGCUAUGACCCUAGCUGGAAUUAGCGGCGCCCACCUCUCUCCCAGAUCCCUUAUUGCUAUACCAUGGGCUGAGGAAACACAGAUCCUGGGCUGCAUCGUCCUCUCUGUUUCUACCUUGGGUCCAUUUAUUUCCUUUUUUAUUUGCGUGGCAUUCCAGUGCACAUGUGCUAAGGUGAGGGUUAUUCUGGUCUCAAGGGAAUUUUUCUGGGGAUUAAACAGAAAAUCACUGUGUGGUAGAGAAACACUUGGGCUUGUAUAGAUAGGCCACACCUUCUGCAUUUCAGGUUUUCUCUGGGACAUUGCAAAGAGGGUGGCUCACCUGACAAGGCCCUUUCUCCCUGUUCUGGCUCUUCUAGCUGGGGUAUGAGGCUUCUCCUAUACCUGCCCCUUCCCCACUUUCUUCCAAAUGGAGAGGGGCUGAGUUAUAUGAGAUAGGGUCAUAUUCGUGGCCAAAAUGAAACUAAUCAAAGGAAUUUUGUCAUCAGGGGCGGGGUGGAGGUACUUGGUGUCAGGAUUUACUGCUUCCUGCCCAUGUCUCUCUUCUCUUCUCUCCCUAUCCCUGACCUCCUUUCAUCUCUUCUUUUCCUGCAGCCUAGCAAUUCGUGAUUCUAAGAUGAAAAGUUGAAGGAGAAAAGCAAGAUCUCUCCUCAGCUCAUCCCCAGCGGUGGGGGAAAGGUGGUAGGGGGAAAGCCUUGGUGUGCUGGGGCGCACCUCCCUCCUCCUGCCUCAGAGAGACUCUCCUGGAUACACCCCUGUUGCUCUCGGAGGGUUCCUUGCUGACUUGGUGGAAGAGAAGUUAGCUCCUUGUGUCCCCUUUCACCUGGGGGCUGGUGCAGGUGCAGGGCGCCUCUCCCAGGGCUCCCUCGGCAAGAGAGAGAGCAGUCAGGCCUGCUGCCCAGGCUCCCCCGGCCCCUCUCCUCCAGGCAGUCCCAUCUGCACGCACUGGGAUGCAGAUGGUGGGGCGGAGAUCAUUGUGUGUGUUUUGUUUCUUGCCUGACCUCAGCUCAAGAAAGAAAGUUGAAGCUAUAGAAUUAUUUUCAAAAAUAAAGUGAAGGCUAAAUUGUCUGAGAAAAUUGUGUGUAUGUCUGUGUGUGUCCUGGAAAAGGAGAUGUGGAAAAGAAAGUGUAGGAUCGCGGAAGAAAGGAAAAGUAGAGAGCAGGGACCAAAGGAAAGGGCAGGACAGACAAAAGGCAGUGGAUCAGCUAAGGGAAGAAGAGCAGAUAACCUAAGGAGGAGAGCUGGG